GAACGUGGUGAAAUUCCUACCUGUCACGUGCGCGCCCCGUAUCAAACGCUGGCUAAAAACUAGUUCCAGGCUGGGAAACGACAUAUUACAACAGAGAAGAACAUUCCAUCGACAGAGGAGCGGGAAAACGGUGAAAAGGGGGAAACCCUGUAACACUGGAGCAAUCAUGGUAGGCGAACGCCGCAACGGGAACCUACUUGUCCAGCUGGGCACGAAGCUGCAGGCCUAUCCAGAGGAGUUGAUCCGGCAGCGGCGGACUCACGAUGGCCAGACAGAGUACUUGAUCCGCUGGUGCCUGCUGGCCAUAGACGACGGUAGUGGCUCAGGUGGAGGGAGCAAUGAGGCAGGAGGAGGUGGGGGAAGCAGUUCAGGGGUGGGCGGCUCAACCUCAGGCGAGAGCAAGACGGAGAACAUACUGAUGUGGAUGUCAACGGAGGAUGUCUACGCCAACUGCCCCACUCUACUGGGCAAGCGCAAGGCAGACACCCAGCGGCCCCUCCAGGAGGAGGAGAGGCCCAGUGGAGAGUUCCCUGCUGAUGUCACCUUUGACGAGGUGGAGCUCUCAGACAUGAAGGACGAUGUCAAGAACUUGGUCACGAGGGCCCGCAAACAGAUGGCCAAGAAGAGCGACUUUGCCAUCAGCAUCACACACACCAUCCACGUGCUUAGUGCCUACGCCAGCAUCGGCUCACUGGUGGGCGUCUUCAAGGAGACCGGUGCCCUGGACCUGCUCAUGGAGCUGCUCUGCAACAAAGAGCGACAAACCCGCCGAAGUGCUGGGAAGAUGCUCCGGGCUCUGGCCUCUCAUGACGCAGGGAGCCGUGCCUAUGUGCUCCUGUCCCUCAGCCAGCAGGACGGUAUUGAGCAGCACAUGGACUUUGACAAUCGCUACACCCUCCUGGAGCUGUUUGCAGAGACCACCUCCUCUGAGGAACAUGGCAUCUCUUUUGAGGGGAUCCACCUCCCUCAGAUCCCAGGGAAGCUGCUGUUCUCCCUGGUGAAGCGCUACCUGUGUGUGACGUCCCUGAUGGACAAGCUCAACACGGCAGGGGUGGAGUCGAGCUCUGAGCGGCAAGACGCAGCAGGCUCCUCCUCAGGGACAGGCCACCAGCCGGAGAACCUGCGUGUCCAACGAGAGUUUGAGUUCACCAUGGCCAUGGCUAACCUCAUCUCUGAGCUGGUGCGCGUCAUGGGCUGGGACCGCAACCGGCAGCCGCCACAGGCAGCCGGCCUGGUCCAGGGCAGCGCCUGCGGGGAGGACCAGGAGGAUGAGCCGCCCCGCCGUGUGGUGCGUUCUAUCUUCCAGCCUCGCUUCUCUGCCUCUGCUUCUGCCUCUCCUGCCACUGCUGCCGCCUCUAACAUGGCAGCCACCACACCACCCAAGAAGAAGACCAGCAACGGCUUCAAGACGCGCACAGACUUCGCCAGCCGCUCGGCUUAUGUGGAAUAUGUGCAGGAAAACCUGAAGAGCGGCAUGCUGGUCCGUAUGUUGGAGGAUUAUGAGGAGGUCAGCGCUGGUGAUGAGGGGGAUUUCCGCUACAGUAAUGAUGGCUCGCCACCAGUGCAGGUGUACUGGACCUCCCUGUCUCGAACCUACUGGGUGCACUGGCACAUGGUUGAGAUCCUGGGCACUGGCACUAGUGGACAGGGUGAGAAAGACGCCCAGGAGAAGGCCUCCUCUCUGACUGAGACCAUCAAGCUCACGACUGUGAGUCAGACAUUAUUCUCCAAGCCUCCUGGUGGGCUGUACUCGUUGCCUUACCUGGCUGAGGGGCUGCAGUCUGACGCCGCCACCCUGAGCAGGGCCGAGUGGUGGGAAGUGCUCUUUUUCAUCAAGAAGCUGGAACCAAAGCAACAGCAGGAGAUCAACAACCUCCUGCGUCAGAGCCUCGAUGAACAGAUGUCAGACGUAGACGAGGCCACUCUUAUCCAGCUGUCGGUGCCAGGCGAAGUGGCCCGGAAGAUGCUCCACUACCUGAAGCAGACCCUGCAGAACUCAUGUCUGUGGGACCUGCUCUGCUCCCAUGCCUUCUCUAAACACUACCUGCGGCGUGGUGGGGGAGGCCUGGAAGACGAUGAGCUGCUGCCUGACGGCUCCCUCGAAUCCUCUGGCCUGGGUGGAGGACGGGGCAACUCCUCAUCUGAUGCCACCGCCGCCGCCUCUUCCUCCUCUGCCAUGGGCUCAUUGUCCAAGAAGCCCAAGAAGGAGAGUCCUACGGACUAUUGCUCCGACACAGAGUCUGAAUUGCCCAUGGAAGAUGAGUCUAACUACCCAGAAGAUCUGAAGGAAAAGAUGAAAGUGUUUAACAACCCCAAGGUGCAGGGCAAGAAGACAGCCCUGGAGAAGCUGGGGGAGGUGGUUGACAUCAUGAAGAAGAUUGGCUCAGAUCCAGUCCAGCAGCUGGCUGGGAUCAAGUUCAUCAUCCAGGUCCUAGAGGAUGAGGGGCCUCAGGAGAGAAGCACCCUCAGGACGGACGCUGUCCAGACCAUACGGGAUAAAGUCCUGAAGCUUUUGGUCGAGAUACUGAGUGGGCAGCCCAAGGAGAACGUGGUCAGCACCCUGCGUCUCACCCGCGCCCUCAUGGUCAAGUACGAGUGGAGGGUCUCCUUUGCCACUGAAGGUGGCGUCAAAGCUAUCCUCUCCUGUAUGCAGGAAUACCCCACUGUCCCACAGGUCCAGCAAGUUGCUCUGGCUACUCUGAUGGUUAUCACAGGUGCCAGUAAGCAUGAUCUGGGCAGUAUGAGCAGCUGUUAUCUUCCUCUCUCUGAGUCUGGCACACCCAUGAUGCUCGGGGUCUUUGCCAGUAUUGGCUCUGCCACCGCCGAGGGCUCCAAGGGACUGCUGGCUGCAAUCCCCGCUGGCAUUGAACUGAUGCUCAACACACCUAGCUGUAUGUUAUCGGUGAGGAACGGUCUGUUGGUGAUCAUCAUGCUGAUCUCCAGUAGUAAGAGCCUGGCGGAACAGCUGGUGGCCUGUGAUGUCAGCGCUGUGCUCAAGAAGUGCCUCGCAGCCUCGCGGCCAGUGAACAUGCUGGCCAUCAUUGCCCUCAACCACAUUUCCAUGGUCCACAAGCUGGAGAAAAAAGAGUCAAAGGAUGAGUUGGACUUCAAGGACACAGAGCUGAAGAUGCUGGUGGUGAGCCUGAAGGAGAUGACGGCAACCAAGGAGGUGAUCCUGACGCUGGAGCAGCUGCUGUGCGACGACGCCUCCCAGCUAGAGGAGGAGCGCAACCAGGUGACCCGCAGCCGAGAGACCUACCAGGACCUGGUGCGCCUCAUGGACCAGCACCGAGCUGACCGGGCCGCGCAGCUCUCCAUCCUCAGAAUAUUGAACAAGUUCUUGGACAAUUACCUGGAGGAUCUGCUUCCAUGGCAUGAGAGCAUAGAACCAUGCUUGUCUUCUAUGACCGCAUUCAUCAAUGACCGUGAGGUGGUCCAGCUGCUCAUUCGCUUCCUGUAUCGCCUGGCCUCUGUGAACAAAGACUAUGCCGUAGUGAUGUGUCGUUUGGGCACGAAGGACGCCCUGGUCAAGGCGCUAGACAAGCACAGUAUCAACCUGCUGUUGGUCACAGAGCUGCGGGACUUGAUCACAGACUGUGAGAAGUACGCCAGUCUCUACAAGAAAAUGACCACCAGCGUUCUGGCUGGUUGCAUACAGAUGGUUUUGGGCCAAAUAGAGGAGCAUCGGCGAAGCCACCAACCAAUUAACAUCCCCUUCUUUGACAUCUUUCUGCGCAAUCUGUGCCAAGGAUCUAGUGUGGAACUCAAGGAGGACAAGUGCUGGGAGAAAGUGGAGGUUUCCUCUAAUCACCAUCGAGCCAACAAGCUCACAGACAAGAACCCUAAAACGUACUGGGAGUCCAAUGGCUGCACAGGUUCCCAUUUUAUCAACAUCUACAUGCACAAGGGGGUGGUGAUUAGGCAAUUGGCAGUGCUUGUGGCCAGUGAAGACUCCAGCUAUAUGCCUGCCCGCAUGGUAGUACUUGGAGGAGACGACCCCACAAACAUCAACACAGAGCUGAACACAGUCAAUGUGCCUCCUUCAGCCAAUCGCAUUGUGUUGCUGGAGAACAUGACCCGCUUCUGGUCCAUUGUGCAGAUCAGGAUCAAGCGGUGUCAGCAGGGUGGCAUUGACACAAGGGUCCACGGCUUUGAGGUGCUGGGACCCAAGCCCACCUUCUGGCCCGUGUUCAAGGAGCAGCUCUGCUGUCGCACCUACCUCUUCUACACCACUAAGGCCCACACCUGGUGCCAGGAGAUCCUGGAGGACAAGGCCCAGCUGCUGCAGCUCUUCAACAAACUGAACAGCGCUCUGCGACAUGAGCAGAUGUUUGCUGAUCGUUUCCUGCCUGAUGCCGAGGCAGCGGAGGCUCUGGGACGUACCUGCUGGGAGGCCCUCAUCACCCCCAUCGUACAGAGCAUCACCAUCUCGGAGACCCAAGUCCUCAGUCCCCUCUCCUGGCUGCUCAGUGAGUACCUUGACAACGCAGAGUCAGCCAGGCGCUGCAAGAGCCGGGCAGCCAUCUUCAACUCCCGCGUCCGUCGCCUCACCCACCUACUGGUUCAUGUGGAUACCAGCAGAGUGGACACAGAGGAGCUCAAGCCGCCCAUCAAGUGCAAAGGUAUCAACCGAAGCAAAGAUUUAAAGAAUGGAAAAGAGGGAAAGAACAAAGAUGCAGCCGCUGUCUCCUCUUCCUCCUCCUCCAACUCUGUCAAGCCGAAGAUGAAGAACACCAGCAGUAUUGCAGGGAUAGCACUGUGUUGGCAGGGCGUUGUACAGAGACAGGUUAAGAAGUUUUUGGACUCUACGUGCAGCCUGCCAGACUUUGUGGAGCGCUACAGGAACAUGUACCUCCGUCUGAAGAAUGCCAUGGAGGAGCUGUUUGGCCAACAGACAGCAUUUGUGCUGGCUCUCCGCCACGGCUUCUCUGCUGCUCUCCUACAGCUCUCCAUCCUCACUGCCAUGCACGUGAGCGAGCGGUUUGCCCAGUACAUCGACUUGAUGAUCCAGGAGAGUGGAGUGGACUCUGGCAACGUGGAGACUCUUAACCAGUUGCAGCAAUUCCUAGAACCCAUGCUCUUCCUCUCCGGCCUGGAGCUGGCCAACACCUUUGAGCACUUUUACAGGUACUACCUGGGUGACAGGCUGCUAGGCCAGGGCAAGGUGUGGCUGGAGAGUGCUGUCAUAAUGCAGAUAGGCACCUGCUUUCCCAACCGCUUCCCCCAGCAGAUGCUGAAGAACCUGAGUGAGUCUGAGGAGCUGCAGCAGGAGUUCCACCUCUACCGCCUCCAGCAGCUGGACAAGACCCUUCAGGAUGUCGACGAGGAGAUGAUGGAUGAUCAGCCAUCAGAGCCUGAGGAGGAGAGUGAGGUGAAGGUGCUGAUCCUGUCUCCUCGCUGCUGGGCUGUCUCCUCCCCCUGCUACAUGGACAACCACAGCAGAUACUUCCCCAAGCAGCUCUGCACCUACCUGGCAGAGUUUACGGACUUCUACUCUAACAGCCAGUGCAUGUACAAUCUGACCCACAGUAAGCCCCGGCGUCUACAGUGGACCUGGCUGGGCCAUGCAGAGCUGCGCUACGGCACCUGCACUCUCUACGUCUCCACCCUGCAGAUGUACAUCCUCCUGCAGUUCAACCACCAAGCGGAUGUAUCUGUGGAGGCUCUUCAGCAGGCCACAGGCCUCUCCCCGACAAUGCUGGCCCAUGCUCUGUCUCCCCUCAUAGCAGGGAAGGGCAUUCUCACCCAAGACAGCCCUGACAACAAUCUUGUGAAGGGAGUCCUGAGAUUGAACAAAAAAGCUCUGUCUCAGAGUUUGGAAAACCACAGCUAUUGCUACCUGCUGCCCAAGCAGACGUACCUGAAUGUGGAUGAGGAUGCUGCCCGCUCGCUGGAGAGGAAGAGGAACUUCAUCUACUGCCUCAUCAUCCAGAUCAUGAAGGCUGAGAAAGAGAUGCACAUAGACAACCUGGUGUUCAGAGUGUUGGACACGUGUCAGAAGCGGGAGGUGACUCGUUCCCCGGGCUCAGUUCGUUUCAGCUGCAGCACUACAGACGUGCUGUCCUGCGUCAUGCAUGUCAUCAGCAAGGGCUACAUCAGGCGCAACGAGGACAGCCCCCACAUCGUGGAGUUCCUGCCUGAGGACCCCUCCACUCCCCAGAAGGGCCAAGCGCAUUUCUCCUUCAGCAAGGCUGAGCUGAAGAAUAACCCCAGCAGCAGCAACGCUGACAUCAGCCUGGAAGGCAUCAUUGCAGCCCCUCCGAGUGCAGAAGAUGGAGUCCUGGAGGCUGUCCUAUUGUCCAUGGGCCGGACCAUGAACCAGGAGGAAGUCCGGCAGCUGAUGCAGCGCACCGUCCAGCAGGUCUCUGGCACUCUGAGUUUGGACCUGGACUGGGCUGAGCACCUGUUGGUCCACUGCAAGUGGAACGUGGAUGUGCUGAUCCAGCGUUACACAGACGACCCAGACUCCCUGGUUUUGGCUGCCGGGCUAAAGGGCCUGAACCCCCAGCCGCCCCCUAGCCAUGUGGCCAGCUGCCCCGUGUGCCUCAUCUCCCAAACAGGGGAGGCAGAGCCUGCCCCCACCCUCUGCUGCAUGCACUACUGUUGCCGGUCUUGCUGGCAGGAGUACCUCACAGCCAGGAUUGAGCAGAACCUGGUGAUGAACUGCAACUGUCCAAUCACAGACUGCCGUGCGCAACCUACUUCUCAGUUCUUCUUCAACAUCCUGACCGACAAAGACACCAUUGCCAAGUAUGAGAACGCGCUCCUCCGGGGCUACGUGGAGUGCUGCUCCAACUUGACCUGGUGCACCAACCCCCUGGGCUGUGACCAGAUCUUGUGCAAGGAGAACAUCGGCAGCAUGGGAACCUGCUCAAAGUGCUGCUGGUCCUCCUGCUUUAGCUGCAACUUCCCAGAGGCUCAUUACCCAGCCAGCUGCAGUCACAUGUCCCAGUGGAUGGACGAUGGUGGCUACUACGAGGGUAUGACCAUGGAAGCCCAAAGUAAGCACCUUGCCAAACUCAUCUCCAAACGCUGCCCCAGCUGCCAGGCCCAGAUAGAGAAGAACGAAGGCUGCCUUCAUAUGACCUGUGCCAAAUGUAACCAUGGAUUUUGCUGGAGGUGUCUCAAGCCAUGGAAACCAACCCACAAAGAUUACUACAACUGCUCAGCUAUGGUGAGUAAAGCAGCAAGGCAGGAAAAGAAGUUCCAAGACUACAACGAGAGAUGCACUUUCCACAACCAGGCCAAGGACUUUGCCAUCAAUCUGGAGAGCAAAGUCUCCUCCAUCAAUGAAGCCCUCCAAAUGAAGUCAUUGACAUUUGUUAUUGAUGCCUGCAAAGUACUUGCUCAAGCUCGCAAGGUGCUGGCCUACUCGUGUGUGUACAGCUACUACAACCAGGACACAGAGAAGAUGGAUGUGAUGGAGCAGCAAAUGGAAGCCCUGGAGCUUCACACCAAUGCUCUACAGAUCCUACUGGAGGAGACCCUGUUGCAGUGUACUGAUCUAGCGUCCUGCGUCCGUCUCCUGAAGCCUGAGCACCUCAACACUGGCUUGGAACUCAUCCGCCGCAUUCAGGAGCGUCUGGUGGCCAUUCUACAACACUCGACCCAGCAAAUCAUUAGGGUUUCCUCCUGUCUGGUCUCUCCAAACACAGGACUUUCGAGUGGGCUACAACUCCAAAACGGGACAGGAACAGGAAUCUGCUCAAGCUUCAAAUCUCUCUAAGACAACAGAUGCCAACAAAGCGGCUGGAGCCUCUGAGUCUGGUGACUCUGACAACAACAACAACAAUGAGGAGGAAGGUGGAGAUGAGGCAGAGGAGGAUGAUGAGUAUGACGAUGAGGAAGUCCUCGAAUGGCAUGAAGAUGAUGAAGAUGACAUAGACGAGGACGACUUCUUCUCUGAUGACGACGAGUCUGAAAACCUUGAGAGGGAUUUCAGUCCUUUUGACUAAAUAUCUGAAAAUAUUAAAAGGAAGGAAAUGUCAAUCUGUGCAGGCACUGCAAACACCAUAUAACUAUAUUAGAAACAGUACUUAAUAAACAAACAAAUAUCCAUUAGAGAGCUUUGGUAACAGGAAAGCCAUGGUCUUGUUUAAAGUGAGGCUGGCUGUGAGCCUUCACAUUUCCGUUCAGCCUGUUUGUGCUGAUCUUUCACAAUUUUUGUCCCAUGCCACAACUGCAAUUGUUAGGGGCUAGGGGCGUACACUUACUUUUUCCUCUUAUUGUUUAUCAAAUAGGUUUGAAAUCCUAGAGCCUUUGAUUAUUUUUCACGACUGUUUUGAAGCCGAUGAGGGUUCCAUGAUCAUCAUGCAUAAUGAAGGAUCCCUGUAAGAAGAUAUAUUUUAGGGAGGUGUGGCCGUAUACUUCGGAACAAAGCCCAUACUUUUGUUUAAUACAGAUGCUGCAUUUUGAUUUAUCCAAUAAAGGGAUUUAUAAUCCAGUGCUAGGAUGGCUGUCUUAGUUUUAAGUUAAUGGUUUUUAUAUCUGUUGUAUACUGACAUGUUGAGUUGGCAUAUGUCGUUCAUUACCAAAUGGUUUGCCUUGGUUUAUUUUUUAAUACAUGGAUAUAUGCCUUCAAAAAUGAUAAAGAACACAAUUAAUCAAUUGAUUUCCAUAGUGAAAGUUAAUACUGUUCAAUUAUAUUUGGUUUGUUUAGUAGCCUACUAAAGACAUCAGUUAAAACAAUGUUUUGUUUGAAGAGUGAAACAUUUUCAUGCAUCUGGGUUAAAGGUUUGCAGGGGGUGUAAGAUAUUUGGUGUGUCUGGCAACAAGCCACAGCCCAUCAGACUGACAUCAGAAACAUGUCGCCACCUCUUAACCUCUGCAAAUAACGGAUUGAAAGUAUCAUAGCUCAUGCAUUAUUUGCUAAGCGAAAACCUACAUGCUUUUUUUCUUUCUGGAAAAUAGCAUUGAUUUUUGUACAUGUCAAUGUUCAUCUGUUUAAUGGGUUGAGAGGUAUCUGAUAUCUCAACAUACUUUGCUCAUUGAAGUUGAGAUAUCCUUAUUCAUACUGAGCAUCUUCCAAAAUGUUAUCUUUCUGAUCUCAUUGUUGAAGUUGUGCAUCUUCAGCUGACUAAAUAAAUGCUUUUUCUGCUACCGUA